AUGAACAGCCACCUAUUGCCGCGCGUAGACAGCAAGAAGACUUACCUUCUACGCAGUAGAGCAGCUAAGCUAGCAGAGCUUAAAGGGGUUAUUAGCUGCUACCUUAACUUACUGCCGCAGAAGUUCAUAAGGUCUAUGGCUGGCCAUCUGCUGCAGAUGGGCUGCUUCAAGAUCCCUCGCGCAGCUGUUAUGCCUCCAGACAAGCUCCUGUCUCUCAUCUGGCCAGAGCUUAAUGUGUGGAAGGGCCGCUUUAGCCCACACGCUAGCCAGAUCAACGACCUAGCCGCAGGGGGCCUUACAAGCCUACUGCUCUACCUCAGAGAGCGCUUCCCUAGCCACCCUGUGUGGAGCCACCUAGACAUUAACGCGUCUCUUAACGCAGAGGCAGCUCUUACAGCUGCGCCGCCGUCGCUGGCAGACGUAGAUUCAAGCAGGUAUACCUCUGCCCAGGCCAGCCUCGCGCCUACGCCGUCUGCGCGCUCGCCUAGCCCAUCGCCGCUGCCAGCAGCGCUUGAGCUGGCGCCUGAGCUAGAACCUGCACUGAAGCAUCGCAUGUGCCGCGCUGUGAGGACCGUGGAGGAUCUCUGGCGCGAAUGGACAUGGUACUCUCUGCGGCUUAAGGUUAUUAAGGAGAUUAGGCGCAUCGCGCAGGCGCAGAGGACUAGUGAGGAGGCGGCUAUGUGGCAGGUGAGCUAG